GUUGUCUUUUUUCUCUCCAUCAAACGGCUAUCUGAUCCACACAGUAGCCGGAGAAACAAAAAAAAAGCAGAGAACAAUCUUCAAUAAAUUCUCUGAGAUUCUUUCUCAAUUAAUAAACUUCCAGAUUCGGAAAAAUCAAUCCUUUUCCAAAAAAAAAAAAAAACCCCCAAAUUAAUAAUGGAUUUUUCAACACCUCCUUCCCGUCUCGCUCGGAGAAACAACACCACCACUCUCGUCAAAACCAACGGAGAUUCUCCGAUUCCGUCUCUCGAUUUGGUCCUAUCCUCUCCCAAGAGCAACGAUACUCCUCUUUACCCGUCUCCCGCCUCACUAUACUCACCGUCCUCCCCUGUUACGCUCCGCCAGAUCCUCCUCUUGUCCCCUUCCCCUCUCCGGAAAUCGAGGACCCGUUUAGCCAAUCGGUUCGAGAUGGAGGCCGCGGAGGCUGCGCGGCGGUGCAAGACGAAGGGAGGGCAGAGCGGUCUUUUGGGUAGUGCGUCGCCGAGGAGUUGCCGGAGAUCGAGGCGGAGGUCGGAGGUGGUGUUGGUGGAGGAGGAGACGAAGCCUGUUGUUGUUGUGUUGACGGAUGAAAAAAUGACAAAGCCGAGGAAGCAUAAGAAGACGGGUCGGUCUAAGAAGGAGAAACAGAGUUCGUUGCCUUCUUCAGAUCUGAGUAAAGAUGUUUGUGAAGGUGAUUUGGAGCGGAUUAGAGAGAAUAUCAACGAUUUGAUCAUGUGGAGAGAUGUUGCAAAGUCGACCCUUUGGUUCGGUUUUGGGUGUUUGUGUUUCUUAUCUUCUUGCUUUGCUAAAGGUUUUAGCUUUAGUGUUUUCUCAGCGGUCUCUCAUGUUGGACUUCUGUAUCUUGGGGUAUCGUUUUUGUCACACUCUCUUCACCAAAGGGUGAUUGAAGAAACAGAGCGGAGAGAGGUUAAAGUGAGUGAAGAGGAUGUGUUACGAGUAGCUAGAAGAAUGCUUCCCAUCACGAAUUUGGUGAUUUCAAAGAUGACCCAGCUUUUCUCUGGCGAACCAGCAAUGACACUUAAAGUAGAAUUUACUAAAGACUUCAUUCUCUAUGAAUGUGGUUUGCUCGUUGAGAUUUUCCUUAUGAUGUUGAUUUUUCAGGUGGCACCCUUUGCUCUAAUAGGAGCCGAGUAUGGUUACCUCAUAACAUUGUGGAGGCUAUUUGCUUUAGGUUUCUUCCUCAGCUUCACCGUCCCAAAACUAUACUCAUCUUAUGCUAGUCAGAUUAACCAAAAAGUUGAAAAUGCACAAAAGAGAAUAGUUGAAGCGUGGGGAAUAUGCACACACAAGAAGUUCGUGGCAGGCUCAAUGAUCACUGCCUUCUGGAACCUGACUAGUCUCAAGAUCCGUUUCUUCACAGUGUUCAUCAUAGUGGUAGUCAUCAGAUACAAAAGGCAGAAUGUACAGUUAGAUUCCGAAGAAGAUGAGGAGAAGCAACCAGAAGGACAAACUCAAACGGAGCAACCGGAGGAGAAGACAACAUCGCCGCCAAUAGAAGAAGAGCAAGCGUUAGUAGUGGUGGCUGCAGAAACCGAAGCACCACCACCAAAGAAGCUUUAAAAAGUCUAUUGAAACUUGUUGUAACAUCAAUGUUAUUAUGAAUAAAUAGUUAAAUACCUUUUCAAUUA